GCCGGGUCAGCGAAAGCAUCCGCGGGUCUGGGGCGGGAAGAUCCACUAGAAGGUGUGUGGAUUUGAGCCUCCGCAUUUCUAACCCAAGAUCUCGAAAUGCAUCGUGAUUCCUGUCCCUUGGACUGUAAGGUUUAUGUAGGUAAUCUUGGAAACAAUGGUAACAAAACUGAAUUGGAGCGAGCAUUUGGCUAUUAUGGACCACUCCGAAGUGUGUGGGUUGCUAGAAAUCCUCCCGGCUUUGCUUUUGUUGAAUUUGAAGAUCCUCGUGAUGCAGCUGAUGCUGUCCGAGAGCUAGAUGGGAGAACACUGUGUGGCUGCCGAGUAAGGGUGGAACUGUCAAAUGGUGAAAAGAGAAGUAGAAAUCGUGGUCCACCUCCUUCUUGGGGUCGUCGCCCUCGAGAUGAUUAUCGGAGGAGGAGUCCUCCACCUCGCCGCAGAUCUCCAAGACGGAGAAGCUUCUCCCGCAGUCGGAGCAGGUCCCUUUCUCGAGAUAGGAGAAGAGAGAGAUCACUGUCUCGGGAGAGAAAUCACAAGCCAUCCCGAUCCUUCUCUAGGUCUCGUAGCCGAUCUAGGUCAAAUGAAAGAAAAUAGAAGACCAGUUUGCAAGAAGAGUGGUGUACAGGAAAUAACUUCAUUUGACAGGAGUAUGUACAGAAAAUUCAAGUUUUGUUUGAGACUUCAUAAGCUUGGUGCAUUUUUAAGAUGUUUUAGCUGUUCACAUUUGUUUCUUGGGACAGUGACACAUAAAAGGUAUAAUUUUCCAUAGUUUGAAAUGGAUCAUAUGAGGCAUGUAAUAUCAAGAAUUGUUACUUUACAAUGUUCCCUUAAGCAAAAUUGAAUUUGUUUUGAACUUUUAGUCUUGCAUAGACUAAUAAUAAAUCUCUAAAUUUUGCCUAGCCUAUAAAGUAUGAUUGAUAUUAUGGAAACAACUGGCAAAAAUUGAACCAAGACUUUUCCCAUAACUAGGAUAGUAUGCAGCUAUAGUUGAACCAACCAGUGUUUAAAAGCUGCUAUGAAUACAAGUCAGUAGGUAAAAAUAAAAGCUGCACCAUAAAGCUAGAUUAGAGGUCUUUCUGUUCUGUUUUAACUCCAACUAGUCUUAAGCACUGGGUAGAGAAUGCCCAGCCCAGUUGGCAUAGAAUCUUAAAUUUCAAGAAAACUAGUUUACUUUUACUUUCAGUCACAAGUUCCUUAUGUAGUUGCUGUGUAUCAAUGCAUAGCUCUUUGAUAACAUUCUUUAUUUGGAAGUUUGAGACGAUUCAAGAUCCUAAUCUCCUGCCAGUUUAAGGGUACAUUGUAGAGCUGAACUUUUAAGUUACUGUGCAAGAUUUUUUUUCAUGCUGUCAUUUGUAAUAUGUUUUGUGAGAAUCCUUGGGAUUAAAGUUUUGGUUACAAAUUGUUGUUUAACUUGAAAGCCUGUUUUUCCUUUCCAAACUAAAAUCUGUGAGCUUGGUACCAAGUCCAGGUAUAUAACAUUCCUAUUGGAAGCCAUACUUAUAUUUUCUUGUAAAGUGCUUUUGAAUUAAUAAAAUAUUAGCAUAAUUGUGUAAUAGUUGAACCCACUAUUACCGUACUUCUUGUCCCUUGGAAAGCAGUUGGUUACACAGAUACAAGAAACACAAUGAGAAGCUUCAAGUAUAGGAAAUUACUGGUGUUACCGAAAUGAUCAUUAGUACUUAAAUUUAAAAGAAGCCAGUUCAAAGUCUGUGGUAUACUUAGUGACCAACUUUUUAAAGUUACAGAAACCUGGUACAUUGUGAUCCAAAGUUGCCCAUAAAAAAAGGCUUUUAUCAUUAGCAUGAGAACAAAGCUUUAAAGUUGCUUCCAUUUUAUAUAAUUUGAGGUGUUGCAUGGGAAUUCUAAACUGAUCCAUCAUGUAAAGUCACUAUGGUUAAAAUGUAAUAGUGCAGAAUUGAAUAUGGAGGCAUGUAUAACUUUCCUCUUAGAAAUCAGAGGAGUUGUAAUUUUAAAUUUUGUGCAAUUAGAUUAAAUUGUAAUGCAACAGU